AUGGCUGAGCGACGCGAUUCUUUCGGUACGAAACCUGAUGUCGAUGCUGUUGAGGAUAUCAUCAAGACACCUCAUCAUGAAGCUCACGAUGCGUCUGGUACGGUUAAUUUGUAUCAGGACGGAACUGUUGUUCUGGUCCCGACGCCUAGUCCUGAUCCCAAAGAUCCUCUCAACUUGCCCGUCUGGCGCAAGUACAUGAUCAUCCUCCUCGUCGGCUUCUAUUCCGGCAUCUCAGUCCUAGGUACCUCCGGUCUCGGCUCCGUCGCUCCAGAACUCUACGCGCUUUAUCACAACGACAACCCCAAGCGCAUCAGCGAUUUGCUUACAUAUCCCACUCUUUUCAUGGGAAUCGGCAAUUUGCUCUCCAUGCCUCUCGCCAACGCCAUUGGCCGUCGACCAGUCUUCCUCUUCUCUCUUCUUCUUCUGACAGUUUCUGGAAUUUGGUGUGCUUGCUCAAAGUCGCUUACAAGCCAUAUCGCGGGCCGUAACAUCUUCAGUCUAGCUGCUGGGCAGAGCGAGGCCCUUGCACCUUUGAUCGUGCAAGAGAUUCACUUCCUUCAUCAACAUGGCAUCAAGCUGUCAUACUUUGUUGGAGUUCAGAACACGCUUACUGCGGCCCUCUUCACUGCGACUACAUACAUCGUCCCAUCGCUUGGAUUGCCCUGGUGGUAUGGUAUCAUGACCAUCAUCAAUGGUUUCACGAUGAUCAUGUCUAUCUUCUUCCUGGCUGAGACUCGCUACGACCGACCCGAGGACGCGACUGAGGGCGCAGUCCAUCUGAAGCUCGACAAGAACGGCAACGUAGCCCGCGAAGGUACCAACGAAGUUUUGUACCAAGUCACAACCCGCAACGGCGUUGUUCUCCAACCUGAGAAGUUUGGCGAGAGAACAUGGCGCGACGAUAUGAAAUUGUUCCACGGCAAGGCGGACUGGAAGAGCCUUGUCUCAUUCUACAAGGACGUCGGGCUCUCUCUCAUCCUGCCACCUAUCUUCUGGAUCUUUAUCCUCAAUGGUGCUUUCCUAGGUCUUUACAUCUACCAAGCCUCAACCUUCGCUGUUAUUCUGGUUCAGCCGCCCUAUAACUUCGACGGCAAACUUCUCGGCUAUGUGCAGCUUGUUCAGAUCAUCGAUUGUCUACUUGCCGUCCCGCUACUCGGAUAUGGCUCGGAUAUCAUCUGCAGAUUCAUGAGUCGACGAAAUAAAGGUGUUUUCGAGCCUGAAUAUCGUCUUCUUGUCUUGGUCAUCCCCGCGGCUUGUGCGAUCAUCUCAGCAAUUGUCUACGGCCACGCAGCCGCCUCGCCCAACGACUAUCACUGGAUCGCUAUCGUCGCUCCAUAUCACCUCGGCUUCUUCUCUUUCCUCGGUGCGAACUUGGUCGGAAUCACUUUCGUCAUGGACAGUUACCCCAACAAGUCUGGACCUCUUCUUCUGGUGGUUUGCGCUGGCCGGGGUUUCGUGUCAUUCGGUUUGAGCUACGCAACUGUACCUUCGAUUCAAUCCCUUGGGUACGACGGUGCGAUGAACAUUCUUGCUAUUAUCUGUGGCAUUCUGAGUGGUAUGGGAAUCAUCAUGUACUUUAUCGGAAAGCGUGUUCGUGAGUGGGCGCGUCGACGUAUCUGGCCUAAGCAUCACGAGGAGUAGGGUUUGGCAAGAAACGAGGGUAUGAAGACUAGAACAUUAUGUCUCUAACUUGAUUAAUUGAGCACCUUUAUUGAAUGAUUCAGGAUGCAGAGAUCCACGUAUCUGUCUUCUUGCA